GAUAUCUCCAAAGGAAAAAAUUCUCAUAAUUUUCUCAAGAAAGAGAGAAAAAAAAAAAAGAAAAAAACUUGUUUUAGAGACAUGAGAGGUGUACCAAACUACCACCACUCUUACACCUUCUUGUUCUUCCUCUUCUACGUCUUAAUUCUGUUCCCUGCUUUCUCUAUCUCUGCCAACACUUUGUCGGCUACAGAAUCUCUAACUAUCUCAAGCAACAACACCAUUGUGUCUCUUGGUAAUGUCUUCGAGCUUGGUUUCUUCAAACCGGCUUCAAAUUCUCGUUGGUAUCUUGGGAUUUGGUACAAGACAAUCUCUAAGAGAACCUACGUAUGGGUUGCAAACAGAGACACUCCUCUCUCUAGUUCCGUCGGAACUCUCAAAAUCUCCGACAAUAAUCUCGUAGUUUUGGAUCAGUCCGAUACACAAGUUUGGUCGACGAAUCUGACCGGAGGAGAUGUGAGAUCUCCGGUGGUGGCAGAGCUUCUUGAUAAUGGUAAUUUUGUGCUUAGAGACUCCAAGAACAACAAUCCAGAUGGAGUUUUGUGGCAGAGUUUCGAUUUUCCGACAGAUACUUUACUUCCGGAGAUGAAACUGGGUUGGGAUCUCAAAACCGGGCUCAACAGAUUCAUUAGAUCAUGGAAAUCUCCAGAUGAUCCAUCAAGCGGCGAUUUCUCGUUCAAACUCGAGACCGAAGGCUUCCCUGAGAUUUUUCUAUGGAACAGAGAAUCACGGGUGUACCGGAGCGGUCCAUGGAAUGGAAUCCGGUUUAGCGGUGUACCGGAGAUGCAACCAUUUGAAUACAUGGUUUUCAAUUUCACAACGAGUAAAGAAGAAGUGACGUACUCAUUUCGAGUCACUAAAAGCGACAUUUACUCGAGGUUAAGCCUAAGCUCCACGGGAUUGUUACAAAGAUUCACUUGGAUUGAGACAGCACAGAAUUGGAACCAAUUUUGGUACGCACCAAAAGACCAAUGUGAUGACUACAAAGAGUGUGGGAUUUAUGGUUAUUGUGACUCGAACACAUCACCGGUUUGUAAUUGUAUUAAAGGGUUUAAGCCAAAGAAUCCGCAAGUGUGGGGGUUGAGAGACGGGUCAGAUGGGUGUGUGCGAAAGACGGUGCUGAGCUGCGGUGGUGGAGAUGGGUUUGUGCGGUUGAAGAAGAUGAAAUUGCCGGAUACUACGACGGCUAGUGUAGACAGAGGAAUUGGUGUUAAAGAAUGUGAACAGAAAUGUUUAAAAGAUUGUAAUUGCACGGCGUUUGCGAAUACGGAUAUUCGUGGUGGCGGGUCGGGUUGUGUGACUUGGACCGGAGAGCUUUUUGAUAUCCGGAAUUAUGCCAAAGGAGGUCAAGAUCUUUACGUUAGAUUGGCUGCUACUGAUCUCGGUUAGUUCCUUCUCCACUAUCUAUUAGACUAUGGACAUAUGUUUGGUUUUUAUUUUCCACAUUUACUUUUGCUAAGUAACGGUUGAUAGAAUGAUAGUGUAGAAUGAUUUGUCGUCUUCCCAUCUAAAUUUUUGAUUAUAAUGCCACAAAACAUGUUUAGUUUUGUUUUUGUAAUCUUCAAGAAGUUUCAAAAAAUGUAAACAGUUUUA